UAUAUUAAUUUAUUGUCUUAGUCGUGAAUUAUUCUUAAAUUUAUGCUAAUUCUUCACUUGUCUUUCUUUCAUUAUUUACAUUAUUAUCCGACGUACUUCCUUCUAAAUAUGAUAUUUGAAACUCCCUCUCACCAUCAUCCUCUUGUUAUCUCCUUGCUUCGAAACUUUUCUGUCCCCCAUUUAAUUUCUUGUUCAGAAAAUAUUUUAUAAAAAACAAAGCACCCGUAUGGUUUUCCGAUGAAGAGCGAUUCUAAUCAUUAGACGGCUCCAAUGGCAUUUGCAGAAAUUGAGAACAGUGUCUUGUGUGCCAUCUUGACAAAUGGUACUCGAGCCAUUUGAGAUGAAUAUGAUAGAAUAAUGAGUUCAGAGACGUUCAUAAGUUUGAUCACCACCAUCACCAUCCUUUGGAUCAUUUAUAUUCACGAAAAUAACGGAGUUGGAGUGAUUCGAAUAUAAUACACAAUUUUCAACCCGUUGAAAAAUUCUUAAUUAAAUUCGUUUUCUUAAUUUCAUAUAUUUCACCAUUUGAAACAAACACUUCAUAAAAAAUAAGGUAUAAACAAUUGCAAAAUAGCAUUAUUGUCACAAUAAUAUAAAAAAAUUGUGAUGCAUUAAACAUGGAAUGCCUUAAGGAGAUCUUCGAGAAAACGAAAGUUCAGUUGACAAGUGCCACGGAUGCUCUGGUCUUCGGCAUUCAUUGUUUUAUCGUGUGUCUGAAGAUACGCUUCGUGGGGAUCGGAAAAAGUCGGACACCGGAUUGCGUACAGAUGGAUCCCUGGCAGCUACCGGAAGGCUGGAACGCGGAUCAACAGGUUUAUCACCUGAGAUACGUGGACGAAGAAGGGUUUCGUUACUUGUUGAAAGUGGACUACGACAAGAAAUUCGAGCGACUCGUUGUUUCCUGGACGGAUAAGGAAGAAAAAAAUAUACACUUGAUGGAAAUAGACAUGCCCAAAUACACAGGUGAAUCGUGGAAACAAUUAGAGACAGCGUACAAAAAUCUGGAUGAUUUUCAAAGUAAAAUCACGGAUAUGAUAAAAUAUGCCAUCAAAGCGUCAAGAGAAGAGAAGGUGUCGACAUCUGAAACACUGCCCGUAAACGUCGAGAAAGAGAAGACCCAAAUUAUUACUAAAUGAGCGAUCUGUGCGAUAGUGAAAGUAGUUUCAGUUUACAAAAUUCUUUAACUAUAAUGUGCAUAUAUCUUUCAAAAUAUUAUUAAAAUAAAAUAACAAUUAGUUACGUUCCGGGUUUUUUAUUUGCCAGAGGUGCUCACUGUUAUACGUUAAAUCAAUUUUUUAUGAUUUAAUUGAAAUUCUAAUGAUUAAUUAAUGUAAAUUCUAUUGAAUCUUAAGAAUUAUUUGUGUUGGAUUUGAUGGUUGCAUGACAGCUUAUUGGUUUAAAAUUCUAUCGACGAGUUGCUUAACUUUAUCGAAUGUUAUGAGAUUUUAUGUAAAAAAUAACUUUUAU